AUAACCUUAGUGUAACAUGUGCAUUCAGCGAGUAUAAAAGCCAUUAUGCAGAUGCCACAUUGUCUUUGGCUUGUUGAUCCGAUUCUUCAAACAAACAGACCUUUAUAAAGCUUUUGAUCUACUUGUCAAACAUGUCUUCUUCAAUCAUCCCAGAGUAUGAGGCGGCGAAUGAAAAGUAUGCCGCUGCAUUCACCAAGGGAGAUCUCGCCCUCCCGCCCUCUCGCCAUGUUGCUGUCGUUGCCUGCAUGGAUGCUCGUCUCGACCCAGCUCAGGUUCUCGGGAUCGAGCUUGGCUCCGCUCACGUAAUCCGCAAUGCUGGCGGUCGAGCUGCAGAUGCUCUCCGCUCUGUCAUCAUCUCGCAGCAGCUCCUUGGCACCCGUGAGAUCGUCAUUGUCCACCAUACCGACUGCGGCAUGCUCACCUUCUCCGACCUGGAUCUCAAGACAAAGGUUCGCAAGGACCUUGGUGAAGACGUUGAUCACAUUGCUUUCCUCCCUUUCGGAGAUCUUGAGCAGAGUGUUCGAGAUGAUAUCGCUUUCUUGAAGAAGAGCCCUCUUGUUCUGGAUGUUCCUAUCACUGGCUACAUCUAUGAUGUCAAGUCCGGCAAGAUCAACAAGGUUGAUGCUUAGAUUCAGCUAGUCAAGUGCGAUCGUUGGGAGUUGAGGUGUUAGUGGGGUGAGCUGUUUGGAGAUGAUACCAGGUUGGGGCGUUGUGAAGCUGUGUUCAAGAUGAUACCAGAGAGUUCAGAU